GAACAGCUACAGGAAGCAUGGCAAGAUUUGUUGUUGCAGGCAAGGCAGAUUGCCCUCAUUAUGCAAAAGCAGAGCUUCUUGCAGACUUACUUCAGAGAAAGUUGCCCGACUUUCGUAUUCACAAAAUUUGUGUACAUCCAAAUGAAUGGAAGCAAUGGCUAGAGACGACUUGCCUUAGUAAUGGCUGGGAGCAUGAACACUCUCCUUUGGUGUGGAGAGAACUUAUUGAUAGAGGGGGGAAAGGAAUGCUUCUGGGUGGUUUCAGUGACUUCAUGGAACAUGUCCAGGGUUAUUAUGGAAUUACAUCAGACAUGACAACAGACUUGAUGCUGAAAAUUGCGAAAGAAAACCUUCAGACAAAGGAGCUAUUUAUGCAGGAGGAAGCACAAGGGCACAGCCUGCUUCAACCUCUACACAUUUGGAUAAACAGUGCCCUGCACCCAACAUGCUACAGCCUGAUCCCUCUGCUGUUUGACUCUGAAGUUUUCACCAGUGCUCCUCUAAUCAGCCUCCACCUCCUAGAUGUUGGAGGAAGUGAGGAGGCCUUGCAUGGAAUCAAAAUGGAGACUGAGGAUCUCUCCUCUCCACAGUUACACGAGAUCACUGUACACAAUUUCUUGGAUGAGUAUGUCUUUCACCAGGCUCAUUUUAUCAUCUUCCUCGAUGACUGGCCACCUGGGCAAGAAAAAGAGGGGCAAACAGAAGAAGUUGGUCGGGCGGUGAUGAAGAAAGUGGCCAAGAAUUUCCAGAAUUAUGGAAAACUCAUUGAUUCAAGGGCACAUAAAAACGUGCGAGUGAUGGUUGUUGGGGACUCUUUCAUCAAUCUGAAGUGUUCUUUACUUCUGGAGAAUGCACCUUCUGUGGACUCUAGUCACUUUGUUGCCAUGGGAACUCAGCUGGAGUAUGAAGCAAGGGCACAGAUAGCAAAGAAGCUCGGUGUCACAUCAGCAGAUGUGACAGAUGUCAUCAUAUGGGGAAAUAUCAGUGGCAGCUUCCAUGUGGAUCUUCAAAGAGCAAGGGUGUUCCGAUAUGAAGGUGCCAUUUAUAGACCUCCCAACUUUUCUCAGCCACUUCUGGAAAUGUCAAAUAACAGAAAAAAAUUUGAGACUGAUAUUAUGAGCUUGCUGAGUUUACAUCGCUCCAUGGUAACCUCAAAGACUGAAAGAGCUGCAGCCAUGUCAGCAACAAAUGGGGUAUGCGCCAUCCUGAAGGCCUGGAACAAUAAUUCCUCUCCUAAAGAGGUUUUCUCUUUGGGAAUAAUCAGCAGAGGAGAGUACAAUGUUCCUAAAGGCCUAGUGGUUUCAAUGCCUGUAGUCUUCAGUUGUGGACAGUGGUCUGUUGUACCCAAUUUGGCUAUUUCUGAUGAACUGAGGAUCAGAAUUGAGGACUCAAUCAGUCAGCUGAAAACAGAGAAAGAAAACACCGUAUGCAGUUAAACAUUUGCUGGGACACCUCCAUGAUGAGACCUUGAAUACCCGGCAGAACAGAGCUGGUUAAUGUUUGUAAUAAACAAGCUUAUCAGAUUUCA